AUGAGUCAAGUAUAUAGCAUAUUAUCGUUGUUCGUAUUAUAUUCAGUUCGAUUAAUUUAUGCAUACCCGGGUGACAAUGUAAUGUUAAUGCCUCCGUUCGAGAUGCGGGCUGUGGAUCCAUAUUUGACGAACCCGCCAGUACAGUAUCAGCCACAUUUUCAGGCAAGUGUACCACAACAGCAUGGAUUCAAUAAUGUCAUCAAUCACAAGCGGAACUCGCAAAUUCCUAUGGCGGAGACUCGAAGCAACCAGAACUUGACGUUUGGAGAAUUCAUGGGAGCUCUAAAUGAAGAAUCACGUCAGUCGCAGCUUUCGAUGCAAGAAUUAAAAGGACUUCGGCCUCCUGCAACAGCUGGACGAGACGAUGGUUCAGCCUAUCCUACGCUUCCUCGACCAGUGGGAUACAGGCCAGAGUACGCACCCCCAGCAAACUAUCACGAAGGUGCGUCACUUGUUCCUCACACACCGCCGUCGACAGCUCAACCAAAAACGUCGCUGUUGAAUUUAUCCAGCGUUUUAUCACCAGCCAGUUCAAAUGGAAAUGGGUCUGGAAAUCUGAGUGGAUUGCUCAACUUAGUAUUUUCACUUUUCGGCGGCUCUUCCGGAUGGAACAUGAGUGGACUGCAGGGCGGGAUUGUGGAAGGAAUUAUUAAACCACUUAUGAAGGCGAAAGGAGGUAUUAAAGCAUUGAUUAGUAAGAUGUCUAUCCCUAUGAUAUCAUUGAUGUUGAUCAAUCUUGAAGUGCUGGUAACUAUUUGGUGGUUGUGGGAGGAAUGUCCUUCACCAUUGCCCGAGCCCACUCCAAAUUUUUCAAAGGCGAGCUCUCAUUCUUAUAACUAUAACUCAUACAGAUAAGUGCUGUUUAUGACGGAAUU